AUGGAAUGUGACUGUGAGUCAGUUUGUAUUUGUGAUCCUUUGCGACUGUCCUCACAGCCCAGCAUUUGUGUUGUUGCACAGAGCUGGCACAGUUUGAAGACUCAUAGUUUGCAGGACUCAUCUGUCAUCCAGAUUCCAGUGCAGGCAGAGAGCUCUGUACACAGCUUUGAACAGACUCAUGAGCCAAUUGAUGACGAGUCUUCAACGCAGAUGUCCAAUGAACUCGGUUCAGGGUCACCAGAGAGCUCUGUACGCGGCUUUGAACGGACUCGUGAGCCAGUUGAUAACAAGUCUUUAACGUGGGUGAUCCAUGAGUUACCACCUCUGGGUUUUGGUAAUCACGUGGCCUAUGCUUACCAUAUUGAUUUUAUACAAAAAACAGAUUUUAUCCAGUCUGUCAGCAUCCCUCAUGAGAAUGUAGAAAAACACAACGAAACUACAUAUGUCUCAAGCACAUUUGUUAUCUCAGAUGAGUCUGUUGACUUCCUCAAAGGCUUGCUUUUCACACGCGUCAUGCCCUCGUUCUACAUCAUCAUCAUCCUCAUUAGUUUGCCCCUGAACGCUUUGGCCUUGGUGACGUUCACCUGUAGGAUUCGACAGAAGAAACCAGCUGUGAUCUACAUGUCUCACCUGGCGUGUGUGGAUCUGCUCUUCACCCUGCUGCUGCCUCUGAAGAUCCACUACCAGCUGAACGCUUCAGACUGGGUUUUCGGUGAAGCGGCGUGUCGCAUGCUCAGUGCAGCUUACUACUGCUACAUGUACUGCUCCAUACUGCUGAUGAUGUGCAUGAGCGUGGACAGGCUGCUGGCCGUGGUGUUUCCCGUCGCCUCUCUGACCUGGAGAAGCGCAAGGAAAGCCACAUGCGUAUGUGUGCUGGUCUGGCUGCUGGCGCUCGCGGGUGUGGUGCCGCUUUUCUUAGUGAGACAAACGCUCAACACCAAGAAUGUGGGCGUCACCUGCCAUGAUGUGCUGUAUCACACAAAGGUGUAUGAGUACCUGUUCUCCAUCCUCUCCUGCCUCUACUUCUUCUUGCCGCUGGUCGUAACCUCAGUGAGCUACUCAACCAUCAUAUAUGUGCUCAGUGUAAAAUCUGAUCACUUAGCUACAUCAUCCUCAUCUUCAGACAGUCGAAGGAGAGCUGUGAUUAUGACUAUCGCUGUGCUGACAGAGUUUAUCACUUGCUUUGCACCAACCAAUGCCAUCCUGUUGUACCACUGUGUUCAUUUAGCUACUGAAAAUGAUAGGAGGGAGGAAAAUUCUUCAUAUACUGCUUACCUGUUGGCUGUGUGUGUAGGAAGCUCAAGUGUUUUCCUGGACCCUCUGCUGUACUACUACGGAUCGUCUCAAUGCAAACAGCAGAUGAGCUCUCUGAUCUGGUGGAGGAAGACAAAAAGCACAACCACACCUUCAAUCACAAAUAGUCAAACAAAAUCUGUGAGUACACUCAGGCUCUCUAAGCUUUAUGAAGAUGUGUGUGUGCAGCCUGUGAACGACUGUGUGCCUUUUGUGCUGGAGCAACCUUACGGAAUGAUAAUGAAACAAUGA